AUGGGGAUGAGUUUUAAUCAACCGACACAGGAAGCCCAGUUGUCCUUCCGUACAAGGCUUUUAGAAAAGUACAUCUUGGAAAUCACUGGACAAGUUGUUAACCUACUUGACAGCAAUGCACGAUUCAAAGCAGUACAGGAGAACACUCAUGUUGUGGUUUCUUACUUUGAUGCCCGCACCCAGAGCUACCACGAGAAAAUAGUCAAAGGCGUGUUUGGUGUUAGCGACUAUUGGUAUCGGUACGAGUUCGCAAAGUCGAGAGGACAAAUACAUUGGCACCAGCUUAGUUGGAGAGGUGAUAGAGAGCCAUACGUCUUACUCAACAAUGUCAGAGAGGAGGAAUGCGAUGAUGAUGAGCGUGUUUCAAGACUUAGUGAUUGGGUUAAAGACAAGUUCGAUAUGUCUGCUUCGCACCCUGCCGGCAAAGAUGACCAAGGAAAUCCAAAAAAGGAGUUCUGGCCACCACCAGAAGGUUCUGCAGAACCCACAACCAGUGACCAAGAUCCACUCGUUAAGAUGUUGAUGGAUGUAUCGGCAACCCAGGAUGCCAUUCUGGAAGACUACUUGCAGUUGGUGAAUAGGGUUGGACUUCAUUGCUGCUCUGAUUAUUGCCUGAGAACACCCAGACAUCCUCAGCCAGGUCUUCAGCCAAGAGAACGUGUCUGUAGAAUGGAAUUUGGCUCCGAAUUCCACAGAGGAAAAGAGACUCGUGAUUCAGCAGCAGUGGUAAAAAAUCGCAAUGGUGCUUUGAGAUUGGAACUACCCCGUGAUCACCCACGUGUUAUACAGCAUUCCCGAUAUCAGUUGCAGUCGUGGAGAGCAAAUGGAGAUGUUAGUCUGAUUGUAUCCAGCUCUCAUCCAGACUUCCCUAGUGCAAAUGAAAUAAUUGCUGUCACYGAUUACGUUUGUGGAUAUGCCUGUAAAGACAACGAACCAACUKGUGCAACCAUUGAUCUAUUUAAAGACAUGGUGAAUACAGCUGACUCCGCUGACGAAACCAGGAGAUCAAUUUGUGCAAAGCUUCUAAUGAAAACAGUYGGAAGAAGCGGAAGAGCUAAGUGGUUUGGCACUCUGGCGCUGUAGCAGACAGUUUUCCUACCUAUCAAUGACAGGUUCAAGACGUCUUGAGCAAAAUGGUGACACRGCAACAUCGAGCAGUUCACUGGAUAGAUAUUUAGCAAGACCACGUGAUCAACUAUGUUCCUUGUAUGAUUAUGCAUCCCAAAAUGGAAAAAUAYCAGUUGUUAGUGGUGGUGCAACCUAUGCAACAUGGCCACUCUGUGAGGAUUAUUGCCGUACAAUGAUGCUGCUACAUUGGCCAAGCUGGUUUCAAAUUCAAGAGGUUAAGAGAGAUGGUGAAUCCUGGAUUGAGCGUUUUGAAAGCUUUCUC